AAGAAACCAGAGGAAGGAUAUGCUCCUCAACGUUACGUUUUCAAAGAAAUGUAUCUGCUAAUGGGCACGGAGCUCAAUGGUGACUGCAGAUAUGAGUGCCUGAUGGAAAGCACCUGUGUGUCUGUGAACAUCGGCCCACCAAACGAGACAGGCUUCAGGCUCUGCCAACUGAGUGAUUCUGACCACAUCCAACAUCGUGAAGAUAAUGAAACACGAAAAGGUUUUAUUCAUUGGACAACUGAGAAUCCAUGUCGCAGUAACCCUUGUCUUCAUAAUGCGACCUGCCUCAACGGAUUUACAGACAAGAGAUACAUCUGUCUAUGUCCAGAGAGUUACACUGGAGAAAACUGUGAAAAAGAUGUAGACGAGUGUACGAGUAAUGCCCAUCGAUGCCACUAUAAUGCAAGUUGCAAUAAUAUUGACGGGUCUUACACUUGCAAGUGCAAAACGGGAUUCAAUUGCACAUUCAAAGCUGUUUUUACAAAUCUCAAUACCACUGGAAGAUAUGGUCCAACAACGCUGGGCAGUCACUACUUAGAUCAGGAUCAUGACGGACAAGUUAAACUGUCUAGUGGUAUUCAACAGUGGACUGUGCCGUACACUGGUGACUACAGAAUAGAAGCAGUAGGAGCAACAGGAGGGUACGAUUCACACCCAAACAGCUCUCAGUACCGGGGAAGGGGAGCAAGAAUGAUUGGAACAUUCCGCUUGAACAUGGGCGAAGUCAUUCAGAUACUUGUUGGUCAAGCGGGAGGCAUAAAUAAGCUGAAACAUUCAUCUGGAGGUGGUGGAGGUACAUUUGUUGUAAGAGGAGCUGAUACACCUUUGAUAGUUGCUGGAGGUGGAGGGGGCGUACAUACGGUUCAUUCCAGAUACGCAGAAUGUGACGCCAACAGAGACACAGCUGGGAAUCCUGGGCGCAAGUCAAGGAAAGGAGGUAGAGAUGGAAGUGGUGCAAGGACUACCCCGAGUGGAUUUUCAGGUGGUGGUGGUGGUGGGUUUUAUUCCAGUGGAAGAAGUGGAAAAGGUGGAGAAGGCGGUAUGGGAUUUCUUCAGGGAGGGGUGGGUGGGAGAGGCAGAUUCAACGUUACUGACGGUGGAUUUGGUGGAGGAGGUGGGGCUUCUGAUGGAAAUUUAAAGGGUGGGGCAGGGGGAGGAGGAGGAGGGUACUCUGGUGGAGGCAGUGGGAGUAACAAGAAUGAUUCCUGUGGGGGAGGUGGUGGAUCCUUCAAUGUUGGAAACAAUCAGCGGAAUGAAUGUUGUUACAAUUCCGCGGGUCGUGGUCACGUGACCAUCACAUUGCUGUAGAACAGACAAACACGAGUCAUUGAGCACACCAAUGAUAACAAAAGGUAUAG